AUGCCCAAAAACCCGAAUAAAUUUGGUAUCAAAAUCUGGAUGUUAGCCGAUUGUGAAGCUUAUUUCGUGCCACGCUUUCAAGUUUACUUAGGUAAACAACAAAAUGCCGAAAAUGAUGCGGAAGAGGCACAAGGUCUCAGUUUUAAAGUUGUUGAUUUCCUGGGACAACCCUACUAUAAUACUUACCGUCAUUUCUAUUUUGAUAACUAUUUUUCCUCGGUUCCUUUACUUGAACAUUUGCUUGAAAAUAAAACUUACACAUGCUCGACCUUGCAGGACUACAGGAAAUAA